AUGAACCAAGAAAUUAAACCUGUAAUUGAUGAAGGAAUUAACUUAAGAUGCAGAUUUUACGAGAAUCAAUAUCCAAAAGAAAAUGAUUUAGUCGUUGUCGAGGUUGUAGAAGUUUAAGAAAAUGCUUCUUAUGUCGAAUUGCUAGAAUAUGAUAGAAUAAGAGGCAUGAUUCCACCUAAUGAAACAACAAGAGCUUUGAGAGGCGGAAUUUAAAAGGCUUUAAAAAUAGGAAAAAUACAAGUUGUCAGAGUGUUGAGAGUAGAUGAGGAUUAAGGAUACAUUGAUCUAUCUAAAAAAAAGGUGGCGAAGGACGAAGAGCAAGCUUCUUAGUAAAAGUUUGCAGACGGAAAAAUGAUUCAUUCUAUUAUGAGAGCUAUAGCUGAGAAGUGCAAUAUGAAUGUUUAGCAAUUAUAUAAAACCAUCGUAUGGCCAUUAUAAGAGAAUAAGUAAAAUGUUUCUGUUCUUUAAAUAUUUAAAAAUGCACUAUCUGAUUAGAAACAUCUGUCAAAAUUGAAUUUAUCAGAAUAGAUUUAAGUCAAAUUAAUGGAGGAGAUUGAAAGAAGAUUAAAACCAGAACCAGUCACUAUUAAAACUGAAUUUGACUUAAUUAGUCAUGAUUAUGCCGGAAGUCUAAUUAUUAAAGAAGCACUCAUCGCUGGUACUAAGAAGUCCACAGAAGAAUGCAAACUAUCAUUUGAAAUUAAAGCAUCUCCAUCUUAUACCGGAAAAACAACCACCAUAUCAAGGGAUGGAGUUAAAAUUAUGAAGGAUGCUUUAGUUGAAAUUGAAAAUAUUAUGAAAAAGUAUUAAGGAUAGAUGAAAGUAAAAAUUGAACCUAAAAUUGUGGGAAACUAAUAAGCUGAUUUUAUAGAUGAAGUUGAAAACGAUGACGGAGAUGAUGAGUAUGGGACUAACUAGGAAGGCGGAGAAGGAGAUGAUGAUGAUGACUUGGGAAUGUAGUGAAAUUAUUCUGGUAUAUUAAAUUAUUCAUGGGUUAACGAUUUA